CAUCCACUUCCCGCUCCUUUUUGCUCUAGCUGACUGGGUCUGUAUGCAAACACUGGCCCUCCAUGUGGCGGGAGCGUGGGCGGGGAGUCUAUUGUUAGCACAAUGAGACCAAUGGUGAGGAAUGCCCCCAACAGGAAGCCCCUCUAGGAGAGGGUGUUAUGUUACCAGCUGGAGAUGUCCAAUGGGGGGUUCCCUUAUCAUGAUGUCAUGUUUUCAUUUGUUUUUAUGGCUUGAAUAGGUGAUAAGUGGAUUGCUAAUUGCUGUUUGAUGAACUAAGACCUUUAUGAUGCUAAUGAACCUGGGGUGUUAGUGUAGGGAAGUGUGAAGAACAGAUCGACACUUGAUGUCAGGGAAAACAUGCUCUCUGCUCAGCAGUAGACUGGAUCUAUUUUUCCGCCCACAGACUUCAUCAUACUCACAGGGAACUCAAACCAAGCAGACCAACAUGAAAGAAGUAGGACUACUAGAAGUUAAUCCUGAGGACAUAUUGUGCCAAUGAAAAGCUGCCUUACCAUCACGUUGCUAAAUUUAGUGAUCUGAGUCCAAACCUGUGGGAAAGGCACACAGGGAGUGGAAGGGAACUGGGCUGGCACAUGGCUGAGAAGUGGAAACAGGGAAGUGUCAAGUUGUGAACUGCAACAGGGUCACAUAUGUCUUGAGUUGAGUUUGUCGUCUGCAUGGAAAAGAAGCUGUCAAGUGUCUUCAGGUGUCCGGCUUUCGUCUCAGAACAACUGCGAAGACAUUAAGCCCAGCCCCAGCCCUUCAGCAGUUUAUUGUGCAGGUUACUCGAUGAAGGAUGUCUUGUGCAAAGCUGCUCUCUGUAUUCUUUACUUUCACUUUCUUCAUCAAGUCAUUAAAUUGUAACCAUGGCAACAGAAAGGUGUACGCAGACUUGACAACCAACAGGCUGACCAGAGAGCAUGAUGGGAGCAAUGGCAUGUGGUCCCUACAUGGAGUCGCACAUGCAAGUCAUGCAACCAAAACUGAAUUCAUCUUCAACGCAGACCUUCUGUCAGAGGAUGGCAGAAAUCAUCUGAACAUUGCUUCUAUGGUUUACCCCAUGCUUGGUCCAACUUCCGACCUGGAUGAAGAGUAUUUAGAAUAUCUGAUCCUCCAGGCAAAAACGGCUAAAAUUGACGGAUUUCUGGUAGAGUGGGGCUUUAGGGAACAUCCCAGCAACGUAGCACUGGAAAAGAUCAUUGCUGUGGCGGAAAAGCACAGACCGUUUGAGAUUGGUGUGAACUGGUGCAAUCACUGGCUUCUCCAGUGGUUGGAGCAGAAAAAUGCCACCGACCAGAUGGUGUCAGAGUUCCACAAGAACGCACAGUAUCUCCUGGACACUGUCUUCUACACAUCCAGCAAAAGGUUUCCAAGCGUCAGUUUGCGCCCUCUGAUCUUCUUGUUUGGUGGUGGGAUUACAAGUGAGCAGUUCAGAAAAGUUCUGGCUAUUGGUCUCAAGAUUCCCUACUGGUUGGAUCCUCCUCUCUGGAUUGGAAACUAUUUGAAUUUUGCUGAAACUGAGGAGCUGUGGGCGGAGUGGGGGCCGCUGAUGGAUGGAAUCUUUGGGUGGAUUCCCAGUCGGACGAGAGUCGUUCCUCCAAGCAUGCCACAGUGGGAUUACUACGGUAACCUAGUGGACACGACACGGUACCAACAGAAUGUCUCAUCGGCAGGAGAGGGGUGCAUCAGGAACGGGACAUGUCAGUUGUGGUGUGCAUCAGCGUCCCCCGGGUUUGACAACAGGGGCUGCGCAGGGUGGGGAGGGACGCUCAAGUACCUCCCGCGAAAAUGGCAAGGGACCUCCCUGUACAACGCUCAGUGGAAGUACCACGUCCUCAACAACUCUUCAGCAAACAUUCUAAUCUUGCCUACCAUGAACGACUACAGUGAAGCCAGUGUGCUCCUCCCUACUAAACAGUACGGCUUUGAGGCUCUCUACACAACCGAACUGUUUGCCAGCUUUUGGAAGGGAAGUCAGAGCAACAGCGCUGGAGUGACACUUCCUACAUGGUGGUUCAGCUUGAAGAAGAGUAUUGCUUUUCUAAAUCAAACAGGAGUGAACAUUACUAAAGUAGCUGCUCAGAUAGAAGACUGUUCUACAAAGAUCAGCCUUGGAAGUUAUGCAGCAGCAGCAAACUGUUUAGAAGCCAUACAGUUGAAAACAGAUAUGCUGUAUGCCCAUCUGACUGUUGAUGACUUCACUCUUGAAGUUCCCAAUGGGAAGAUGUACUUUGUGAAACCUCCUUUGAUGAAAUUCGGCGCAUAUCUACUCAACACUACUCACGGCCUGUACCUCAGAAUGUCAGAUGUUAUGUCCAGGGUACUUCUUACCAACAAUUACGUCGGCGUCCUGCAGUUCGACUACAUACUUCUAGAUAACGCGUUUACGCGGAUACAGGUUUACUCAUCUACAAAGAGAAAGAGCACGGGUGUCGUGUUCAUGCCAUUUCCCAGGCAGACCACCAAUGAACAAUACACAGAGAUUAUAGACUCUGUUGAAGCUGGGAAUUUUGCAGUGGUUUGUGACUUGAUGAACAAGGUUCCGGGUGUUUGGCACCAUGCGAAUGUCAGACUUUAUAAAAGUAACAUAGCAUGGGACCACACUGCACCACUGGACUCUGACCUGCAUUUUAAAGCUGUGGGUGGUUCCUAUCUGGUAAAAAGGAUUUCUCUUGAAUUUCAUGUUUAUCAUUAUGAUGGUGGAGGUAAAUGAAGUGUGCCUCAUUUGCAUAGAAGUGGCUAAAACUGUUUCCAAACAUUUACAAAACAGCUAGUGAGCUACAACCAUUUGCUCCACUUAUACCCAAUUCCUUCCUCGGUAGAACAUACAGUAUUUGGCAGCAAGUGUUUUGCCAAUUAACAAAAUUACAAAUCUGUAAUUAUAUCCUAUAUAACUUUCCAGACACAUACAAGCAACAAGAAUGAUUAGAUUUAGAAAUGACUAAUGGUUAAUGGAAGACACACAAAAAUACACAAGAAAAGAUAACAUUUUGUAAUGUUAUAUUUUUCAUUCAAUUUUUUUUUUUUUUUUUUUAUAUUAUGUCUUGGUUUCAUACUAUUACUUAACAUAGAAAACUUGCUACCUCAACAAAACAGAACAUCUAUUUUGUUAAGAAGUAUUUUUAUAUCCCAUCAUACUGUUAGCAUCUAUAAGUGUAAAGGUACCACAAUGUACAUGGUAUUAUGAUUUCUUGACAAUACAACUUUGCUAUGGUUGUUAAA